GUGGCGUCCAAGUGCACAGCUUCCCGCGCCGGACCCUGCUGGGCAACUGUCUCCAUACCCACCCUGGGCAUAGUGGACACCCUGCCGGGAGAGGCGAACGCCCCCACAGCCCAUUGUUAAGCAAGGGCCGUGGGGGCCACCCUGGAGAUCCGAACGCGGAGGUAUGGAAACCCCAGAAGCCUCUCCAGGGAAGAAAAGGGCAGGUACGCUGCUCCUGAGACUCCGCCCACGUCAGGUGCAAGGUCUGCGCAUCAGCGCCGAGAAGCCACGGUCGGGAAUUCUUUUAUUGCUUGAUGUCCCUGACUCGAACGAGGACCGGCCAAAGGGCGAGACGCGCCUCCACGGAAGGAAACAACCUGCCUGGAUGCUGGAAGGGCGUGAGAGGCGCGACAGGACUAAGGCCAGGCGAGCGCAGAUGUAAAACGAAGAUCAGGAGCAGAUUUGAAGAAAUGCAGAGUGAGUUACCCAUCAGCAUGGCAGAGACAGAGCACGUAGCCUCCAUUUCCUCUGAUACAAAUCCUGGGACAGCAUCUGAAUUAAAGGAAGACUCAUGCAUCUCAUUUUCUGGUGAUGAAAGCUGUAAGUUAGAAAAUGAGUCCAAAGUAUUGUCAUUAAAGUGUGAUGAAACAUUAUGUCAGUCCAAUGAACAAAAUAGUCAAAUUGAAGCACAGGAAAAUGAUAUUCUGGAUCAUGGUGGAGGUGAGGAUUCUUGUGCUAAAAGAAACAUAUGUCCUGAAAAUUCAGAACAAACAGUUAAUUUUCCUAGUGGAGAUUCUGCAGAACAACUUUCAAAAACAAGUGAAACAGAACAGACAGUUACGCAAAUCCUGGCUGAAUUAAGAUCAUCUACAUUUACAGAAGUUGCUAAAGAAAAGACUUAUUCAGAAAGUCCUUAUGAUACAGACUGCACCAAGAAGCUUAUUUCAGAAAUAAAGAAUGUUUCAACCUCAGAGGAUUUGUUGGAAGAAAUAGAGUCUGAACUCUUAUCUACAGACUUGGCAGAGGAACGCCACCGAGUGCCAAAUGGAAUGAAUAAGGGAGAACAUGCGUUGGUUCUGUUUGAAAAGUGUGUGCAAGAUAAGUAUUUGCAGCAAGAACAUACCAUUAAAAAGUUAAUAAAAGAAAAUAAGAAGCACCAGGAGCUCAUCUUAGAUAUUUGUUCGGAAAAAGAUAAUCUCAGAGAAGAAUUAAAAAAAAGGACAGAAACAGAGAAGCAACAUAUGAGCACAAUUAAACAGUUAGAAUCAAGAAUAGAGGAACUAAAUAAAGAAGUUAAAGCUUCCAAAGAUAAACUAAUAGCUCAAGAUACUGCAGCUAAAAAUGCAAUUCAACAGUUACACAAAGAGAUGGCCCAACGGAUGGAACAGGCCAACAAGAAAUGUGAAGAGGCACGCCAAGAAAAAGAAGCAAUGGUAAUGAAGUAUGUAAGAGGUGAGAAGGAAUCUUUAGACCUUCGAAAGGAAAAAGAGAUACUUGAAAGAAAACUUAGAGAUGCAAAUAAGGAAUUUGAGAAGAACACUAACAAAAUUAAACAGCUUUCUCAGGAGAAAGGCCGGUUGCACCAGCUGUAUGAAACAAAGGAAGGGGAAAUGACUAGACUCAUCAGAGAAGUAGACAAAUUAAAGGAAGAAAUCAACUCUCACAUCAUUAAAGUGAAGUGGGCACAAAACAAAUUAAAAGCUGAAAUGGAUUCUCACAAGGAAACCAAAGAUAAACUCAAAGAAACAACAACAAAGUUAACACAAGCAAAGGAGGAAGCAGAUCAGAUACGACAGAACUGUCAGGAUAUGAUAAAAACAUAUCAGGAAUCAGAAGAAAUCAAAUCAAAUGAGCUUGAUGCAAAACUUAGAGUCACAAAAGGAGAACUUGAAAAACAAAUGCAAGAAAAAUCUGACCAGCUAGAGAUGCAUCAUGCCAAAAUAAAGGAACUAGAAGAUUUGAAGAGGACAUUUAAGGAGGGUAUGGAUGAGCUACGAACACUGAGAACAAAGGUAAAAUGUCUAGAAGAUGAACGAUUUAGAACAGAAGAUGAAUUAUCAAAAUACAAGGAAAUUAUCAAUCGACAAAAAGCAGAAAUUCAAAAUUUAUUGGACAAAGUGAAAAUUGCAGAUCAGAUACAGGAACAACUUCAAAGAGGUAACCAAGAAAUUGAAAAUUUGAAGGAAGAAGUGGAAAGUCUUAAUUCUUUGGUUAAUGACCUGCAAAAAGACAUUGAAGGCAGUAGGAAGAGAGAAUCUGAGCUACUGCUUUUUACAGAAAGGCUCACCAGUAAGAAUGCACAGCUUCAGUCUGAGUCCAGCGCCUUGCAGUCACAAUUUGAUAAGCUUUCCUGUAGUGAGAAUCAGUUACAGAGCCAAUGUGAACAAAUGAAACAGACCAACAGUACUCUGGAAAGUCGAUUGUUAAAGGAGGAAGAACUGCAUAAAGAAGAGGUGCAGACUCUGCGAGCUGAACUCACUUGUAGGCAGGCAGAAGUUACAGCCUUGAGUACCCAGGUGGAAGAGCUGAAAGAUGACUUAGUAACUCAGAGACGUAAACAUGCCUCCAGUGUCAAGGACCUAACCAAACAACUUCAGCAAGCACGAAGAAAAUUAGAACAGAUUGAGACUGGAAACUAUGAUAAAGAAGUCAGCAGCAUGGGGAGUCGUUCUAGUUCAUCAGGGUCCCUUAAUGCUCGAAGCAGUGCAGAAGAUCGAUCUCCAGAAAACACUGGGUCAUCGGUCGCUGUGGAUAACUUCCCAGAAGUCGACAAGGCCAUGCUGAUCGAGAGGAUAGUUAGGCUGCAGAAAGCACAUGCCCGGAAAAAUGAGAAGAUAGAAUUCAUGGAGGACCACAUCAAACAGCUGGUGGAAGAAAUCAGGAAAAAGACAAAAAUAAUUCAGAGUUACAUUUUACGGGAAGAAUCGGGAACACUUUCUUCAGAGGCAUCUGAUUUUAACAAAGUCCAUUUAAGUAGACGGGGUGGCAUCAUGGCAUCUUUAUAUACAUCCCAUCCAGCUGAUACUGGAUUAACACUGGAACUUUCUUUGGAGAUCAACCGAAAAUUACAGGCUGUUUUGGAGGAUACAUUACUAAAAAAUAUUACUUUAAAGGAAAACCUCCAGACACUUGGAACUGAAAUAGAACGUCUUAUUAAGCACCAGCAUGAACUAGAACAGAAGACAAAGAAAAUUUAACACAAAACUCUUGCUCAAUAAGCAGACAGAAGCCACACAGGAGCAGGUGCCAUUGACCAGUAUUGUUGGAAACUUCUUCCUGCUUUAUGUGUCAGCCCGUGACAAAUCUGUUUUGCUUCAUCUGUAUAAAAAGUGUCCCUUUACAGUCUGGAUGCAUUGCUCUGUGUCCUGUGCGAGUGCAGGCUUUCUGGAAAUCUGGGUGGUGCAGAACAGCGGCCUGUCCUUGAAUCCCACACAGCUUAAUCUGCUGAUUGUCAGACAAAGUGCUGAACAUUACCUCAAGGGCUUUGAAAAACCCCUUCUCCAUGUUUCUUCCCUUUAAAAUCCAUAAUGUCAAAAGUGAUUCAACUUACAAAAGCAAGCCUGAAAAGAUAAAUAGCAGUCAUCGACAGUGGACUGUUUGACCAGCACCGAGAACCCUGACGACGAGGCUGAGUUUCAUGUUCUGACCCUCCAUGGUAGCGCUGGGUUGUGUUUGAAGGAUGCAUAUGACUCCUUGGGUCUUCUCAUUUUUACUUUGACGAAGACCAAAUCAAAUAGGAAAGCUAGCCAUUGGUAACCAGCAGUGGUCAGGCGUUGUAUAUCCGUGUCAGGUUUCCUUAUCUGCCGUGGCUACAUUUUAUCAGAUUUGAAUUGUUUAAUAGUUGAAUUUUAAAAGUCUUUACUUAAGAUUUUAAAUAACAUGUUCAUUUAGAAAAUUCCCAUACAGUUCAGUUAUAUUUUAAAUUAUGAAAUGAAUCCAAUCAUUAGAAAAGCGAUUGAUUCUUUGAAACUAAAAUACUUCUGUUUUACUGACAUCAUAAAAAGAUAAAUAUAAGGUUUAAAGACAUUAUGAAGAACCAGUUCCCCAGGACAAACCAGCAUAUGGCACCAUUUCAUGUGGACACCAUUCUUUACUGUGGAUAUAAUUAAUAUAGGGGAGUUAGCAUACCAUUCCUCCAAAUACAACGUUUCUGUGUGUUUGUUUAAAACACAGACUCUUUAUUUGUCACCAAAGGAAUUUUAGAGCCAAAUUUUGGUACCUUUUGGAUUUUUACAAUAUUUAUUUAGUACAUGUACAUUUACUUGUACAUUUACAUGUUGCCGUAGUAUCAGUGUCUCUCUGUCAUUGAAGUUUUUCUCACCUCCUGUCGUUUCUCACCUAUUUUAAUUUCUGAGUUUGAUUUUUCAGUUUGCGUUAUGUUCAGACCCAUUCUGUAAUAGGAUACCUUGGCUUAUGUGUGAAUGUUACAGGAAGCUUCACUUUUGUUUUGAAUUUUUACGUCCUUUUUUUUCCUUGAAGGAAGUACUCUUUGGUGUGAUAUAAUAAAAGCCUUUAAAGAAUUGUGUAGGCUACAGAAGUUGGGCUCAUGGUGGCAAUGUCCUUUUAAUGUAUUUUAACAUUUUUUUUUUUUUACCAACUUGACAUUGUUUAAAAAGGUUAUUUAUUAAGGAUUAGAUGAAUCAAUGUAGUCUCUUAUUUUUUCUGUGUAUUGAGUCAUGUCCAUAAACAAAUGUCUUUCACUUCAAAAUGAAAGUAUAUUCACACAUUCAAAGAUGUUUUAUUUUUAAAAUAGCUGUUAAAAGUAUUAGUCUCACCAUAAUGUGUUGAUAUUUUUAACCAGUAGUAAUUUAUCAAAAUUUAAAAAGUGGGUAAGUGCAAUAAAAAUCUGAAUUAUUUUCCCAUUUGUCUCUAGACAUUGCUGACACUCCACAGGGCUACUCAGAGUAGGCAACAUCAUUAAAAGUGAUACUAAUUAAUAAUUUUUUGUUUCUCCAAGGCACAAAAUGAAUAAUGGAGACCAAAUAGGGAUCAGAUCCCCAGUGUCCUAUGCUCAUGCACUUUAAUGCACACACAUGCGCACACACACACAUUAUUACAGACAGAAAUGAAACAUUCCAGUGUUAGUAUUUGUGCCACCAUCUUCUUGGAGAAGUUUAAUAAUUAAACAGUUUUAGAAGGCAGUUAUUAAAAAGCAUAUUUAACUCAUUUGCUGUCCUUUCCCUCCAUAAGUAUAGAAAGUAUGGACAAGUUUUGAAGGAAGUGCUUUCUUUUCUUCUUCAGUAUCUGCUGUAUCCUUUUUGCUCAGGACUGAGCAAAGUGAGCCUGUGUCCAGCGCCCGGAUCUGUGCUGAUUCACAAACAGCUGCUGCUGUAAGGAUUUAGCGGGCCUUUGACUUGUUACUGUGUUGAGCAGAGGAAUGGGAUGUCUGGAAGGGGACGUGGUCUGGAUAAACCUGAAGUCUGGGGGAAAUUGCUUCAUGUGUUCAUUGUUAUACACAUCAAAGGCUAGUCUGGUUAGUGACCCUUUGCUGUCUUUGAACAAGAAAUGACUGUGUGUGUGUGUGUGUGUGGGCGUGCUUCACCAGGUUUUAGUUUGAAAUUGAAUGCUGGCUGUGAAUCCCUUUUCCCCAUAUCACUUCAGAUUUGUAGCCUGUUAAGUUUUAAAGAUUGAUAAAUGGUGAGUUUGGAAGGAAGACUUAAGUUUGAACUGUGAUCAUGGUUUUUUGGUGAUCUUUUUUUUCUUUCUCUACAGUGUUACCUCUAUGUUUCAUCACCGUGUAAAGCAAGUUAGCUUGAAAUGAAAUGUUCAGGCUAUCCACAUGCUGUUUUCCCAUUUACUACACACAUUAAAAUCCUCCCAUUGCCAGGCACCACACAGGGUAUUGUUACUGCAUUGGUGAGUGGACCAGACAGGGCAGUCAGUUCCCUUUCUUGUGGGGUUUUUGGUGUAAAAGUAGGGCUAGGUCUCUGGUUCUGUUUAGCUCACAGCCAGCCCCUUAACACUGGGCUGAGAAGAGGGUGACUUUGUUUGGGCAAGUAGGUGGCCAGAAAUCUGACUCUGGCAUGAAUUUUUGGAAACCAAAUCCAUGUGGAAUUAAGCUGAGAACACACUGCUGUUUUCUUGGUAGUUGUGCGCAUUUCCUAACUUGUCACAACUUGAUGUUUAAUUAUGAUUUAAGAAAAAAGACAACAAUCCAAAGACCAUCAGGUGACAGAUUUUUACGAUUUUGUAAAUUACUAAGGCCUCCUCAGUGCUCAGAGGACAAACCUAAUCAUGCUGCCAUGUGUGUUUCUGGACUUUGUUUUGCAGUGUGUUGAUUUUUUUUCCUAAUGAUUUUUACAUACACAUGUAGACGGAGAUUUACCAGUAGAAGGGGAAAAAAUCCCAUUGGAAACCAUGAACGUUGUAAAUGUUACAUAUGCUACCCUGGUAAGGAUAUUUCACAAAUCAUGUCAUUCAUGCCUUACGAACGUUGACUCCAGUAGCCUAUUCUACUGUAACUUUUUUUUAAGAAAAAGAAAUACAGAAUAAUUCUUUUUUGACACUAAGAUUGUUAGUUUUUAACUAGCACCAGUUGGUGGCACUGGAAACCUGAGAAUUUUCAGUGCUGAACAAGAAAAUAAUAGAAAAACAAUCCAAACAUGAAGUUUUCAGGAAAAUAAAUGAAAAAUAUUAAUUGCAGAUUUAAAAUGUAUUUUUCUUCUGGAAUGAAAUUCUUUUCUAGAAUGCAGAUGGCUGUCCAUUUUGACUGUGAUGAUGAAGCUUGUUUAUCUUCCAGAGUACACAUAUAUAUGUGUAUCUAUAUAUAUGUGCAUUGUAUAGAUAAGCUUUAAUUUGAUUACACUGUUCAUUUUGUAAAUAUGUUUCUGUAUGAAAUGAAGCUUUUCAAGAGGACUUAUGUAUAUAUUACACUUAUUAAAUAGAUAAUGCCUGUUUACCAA